GGACAAGGUUGAAUAUUUUUGUCAAACUACCGAAUAUUUGUCAAAAUUUGCAGUAAAUUAACAAAACUACAUUUAUAUACACCUAUUUUAAUUCUGAAGUAAAAUGAAACGAUGUAUGAUUCCAGUUUAACGUGUCAGUGCUGUCACUGUAGUAGUGGUCAAGGUUUCAUUUCCAAAUUUCUGCCAAAUUCAUGUUGCAUUAAAUUUUUCAUUUUUGGCACUCUCUUAAUCUUCAUCGGACACUACCUCACCAACCAGUUCGUAGGUUGUUUUCCAUUUGCCGAACCUGCAUAUACUUUCUAGACGACGAUGAAUAACCAAGAAGAAUAUGAACAGAAAGAAAAUUAUCAAAAAUAUGGAAAUGCUUUCCACGUACCAGCUGAAUAUGGAAAUAUUUUUAAAUGUAAGCAUUGUUUACGCAGGUCCUAUAGUAAACAAACUUGGUAUGGAGGAGGUGUGCACUGUGUUUCUCCAAAUAUACAAAGACCAAUGAAAUCUUAUCACGAACAACAUUACAAAGCAGAGAAGAAAAGACCGUGUCAAUAUUAUCAAAAUUAUAAAAUAAGAUGUACCAAAAAGUAUCAUGAUACUGCUAGAUUUACAGAAUUUAAGGAUGUUGGGAUAUCAUCGUCUAAUCUAUUAGCCAAAGAAGAAAAAGAAAGUUUAAACUCGAUAAAACGUCAAAAAAUGGAUUCACCAUCAAAUCAACAUUUAAAUGCUCAUGGGUUCGAAAAUGAAAAUACCUCUCCAAAUAAAGAGGGCAGUUCCAACUCAACUACUGUUUCACAUAAUACGUCUAGUUUCUUAGCAGAAGAAAAAGAAUAUUUAAACUCUAUAAAAUGUCAAAAACUGGAUUCACCAUCAAAUAAACAUGUAAAUGCUCCUGGGUUCAAAAAUGGGAAUACCUCUCCAAACAAAAUGGUUAAUUCUAGCUCAACUACUUUUACAUGUGGUACGCAAAUAAACUUAGAAAACUGUUUAAAUAAAAGUCAAACUAAAGAAAACGAAGAUUGUAAGAAAACUUGUCAAACAGAAUAUUUUGUUAAAGUUGAGUGCCGACGACACGGCAGCAUGAACUGUUUUAAAAAUAACAAUCCUAAUGCAAAUUUUUCAAAAGACGAAAAUUCCUUUCACGAAACCAAAAAAGUAUUAGAAAAUUACUCAAAUGAAACUUGUCGAAAUAUUGUCCAAUCCAAUUCUAAAACACACUGUGUAAACAUUAAAGAGCCCUGCAAAAAAAUUCCGCUUGCAAUCUCCGUAAAAAGUCGUACAGAUGUGAAAAAUAUUAACGUUAAUAUUGAAGUCAGUUUAAAAAGAAAAAAACAAAAACAAAAAUCGAAACAAAAAAAUAAUAACAAAGUUAAAGAUAAUAUAAAAAUCGAACCCUGCCCGGCUUAUACUAAAGAGCAAAAGCAACAAAAAUGUAUGUGGGUAAGGUCUGAACCAGUGUCAAUUGUCGAUAUCCAACCACAAAGAAGAGAAAAAUUUAGUUUUCUACAGUUUUUUAAAUUCGGAAAGAAAAAGAAUGCAAAAAAUAGCACUGUAAUUGUUAAAACAUCCAUGCCUGUAAAGGAAAAGCGAGUAUCAGUACUUACAAAAGACACACAGGAAAAGAUACAAAAAGAUGAAAAAAAUGCAAUUGAAAAAGCUGAAGCAAACAAUCCCGUAAAAAAAGUUGAAGAUCUAACCAAAGCCGAGCUUAACAACAGUGCAGUAGAAAAUCAUAAGCUAAUCGUAGACCAAAGAAAUCAACCUGUAGUAAAUAAUGGAACGGGAUCUAAAGGCAAAAAUCCAGUUCAGGUCAAUAACACAGAAGAUGCAAAUCAUAAAAUAUCCACAAGCCAAGGAAAUUCAAACCAAGAAUCCAAGAAACCAAGGAAAAUAAAAAGAAGUUCGUUUACUUAUAUUAUUGAGAAGCCAUUAGAGCAUAAAAAGGAAACGGAGAAACAAAUGUUUUCUCCUGGUCAGAAUAUUCAACGUAUAAAACCUUCAAACUUAUUUACAAGCAAUCAAAAAGAAACUAAUAAAGUGCUAAUCCUACAAAAUGACCACUCCAAAGCAACAAACGAUAAAAAACCAGAGGAGCUUCAAAAAGACCAAGUUUCCAUAGGUCAAAGUAAUCGAGUAAAUUCACUUCUAAAUGAAAUUCAAGUAGAAAAUAAUCAAGCAUUCACCAGUGAAAAUGACCAACCUAAUACAAGUCAUUCUACUACAAACGCUGUAGACAGAACAACAAAUCAAGCAGCAUCUAGCAGCCAAACUAACAAACCUGACAAAAGUAUUCUUACCCCGCAUAAAUCUGCAUAUAAAAAGUUUCUGGCAGAGUAUGAGCAAAGUAAGAGUACGAAGCAAAUGAAUAAUGAUAAGGUACUUACCAGACGUGACAGAAAUUCUGAAUCCAGUUCGAUAAAGCACGUUGACUCCCGAUUAAUAUAUAUACUGCGAGGAGUACCGGUUAAAGGAAAAUUGCUUAUAUAUUCAGAGCGUGAACUCCAAUUAUUCCAUUUUGUUUCUACCGAUAAGUGUGUAUAUGAUACAAAAGAAGACAUCUUUAAAUGGUUAAAGAUAUAUACCAGACACUUGCUGCUUUUCUAUCAGUGUAACAAAUAUAAAGUUAGUGUACUCAUAAAAAUAUGUUCAAACAGCUACCAUAACCGAUGUAAAAGUAAUAAAAUGCUCAAAUUGGCUAUCCUUAAUAAUAAUGAUGCUAACAAAAAAAUCAAUAGUAUACUAGACAUAUCCAAUUUCGAUUCGUUACAAAAAACCAAUGACAUAAGUCCAUGUCGAUUGGUGCAAGUCUAUCAUGCAAAUUUAAGAAGAGAUAUCUAUUUAAUCAAUAAUAAAUAUCUUAAAAUAACUUACACUGAUUUUUUAAAACAUUUGGUUAUUCUUGUUCAUGUAAUUUAUUUGUUAUUGAUUGUUUAUUUUACUUUUUGUUUUUAAAAUUGCUAAUAAAUAAAAUAUAUAAUGUA